GGCGGGGCUGGGCCUGGCGCCACGCGGAGCCGCCCCGCCGCGCCGCCCCCGAGGCAGCACGCGCGGUCGGAGCCCGGCUGCCAAGCUGUCGCGCCCUCACCUGGGUUCCCCGGCCCCCGACUUCGGGUUUGCGGGCGGCGCGUCCGAGGAGACGGCUGGCGCGUGGGGACGGCGGUGACCUCGGGCCGCCCGCCCGGCGCAGAUGGCUCAGGCGAGGAUCAGCGCUAAGGCCAACGAGGGCCGCUUCUGCCGCUCCUCGUCCAUGGCCGACCGCUCCAGCCGCUUGCUCGAGAGCCUGGACCAGCUGGAGCUCAGGGUGGAGGCUCUGCGGGAGGCGGCCACGGCCGUGGAGCAGGAGAAGGAGGUGCUUCUAGAGAUGAUCCACAGCAUCCAGAACAGCCAGGACAUGCGGCAGAUCAGUGACGGAGAACGAGAAGAAUUAAAUCUGACUGCGAACCGUCUGAUGGGACGAACCCUGACUGUGGAGGUUUCAGUAGAAACAAUUAGGAGUCCCCAGCAGCAGGAGUCCCUCAAGCACGCCACGCGGAUCAUCGAUGAGGUGGUCAGCAAGUUUCUGGACGACCUGGGAAACGCCCGGAGUCACCUGAUGUCGCUGUACAGCGCGUGUUCCUCCGAGGUGCCUGCGGGGCCAGUGGACCAAAAGUUCCAGUCCAUUGUGAUCGGCUGUGCUCUCGAGGAUCAGAAGAAAAUUAAGAGACGACUAGAGACCCUGCUUAGGAACGUUGAAAACUCUGACAAGACCAUCAAGCUGCUGGAGCAUUCUAAAGGAGCUGCUUCCAAAACGCUGCAGCAGAACGCUGAAGCCAGAUUCAACUAGUGUUCAAACCUAACAGUCCUUAUAAACAAUCAUGUAAAAACGAUAAAGAACUAUCUUAAAUGAUAAUAGUUGUGUAUGUCAUAUAUAAUUCAUUUGAUACUGAUAGUUAUUUCUGAAGAACAAAAUAUCUCAGUGUUGUUAGUUUUGUGAAUAACAAAAUUAGAAAUAUUUUGAUUACCUUUCUAGAAGUUUUUAGAUUGAAUUCUUGUCUUCUACUAGGAUCUAGCACCCCCUAUAUAUCUAUAUUUUACUAUUCUGUGGAUAACAGCAUGUGGGGAAACGAGUGCUUGGCUAGGGGCAGAAGCAUUAUGGUUAUCUCCUGGACUUUGUCUACAGACACAUGGGCACAGAGGGCUUUCGGCUGACCAGACAGCCUGUUCCUAAAGCAGCCACACAGUGACUGACCGCGCCUCUGCCGUGAGCCCGGCAGUGAGCUUGGAGGGAUGGGAGGGAACCUUCGCUACAUCACAUCACCCUCAUUCAGCAGGUUUUUAGUCAUCUGUAUCAAAUUAUUUUGAACUUAAAGACUUACGCAACUCCUAAUAUGCAUUUCUUGGUAAGACGUGAAAACAUGACAUAAGAUGGGAGACUCCACCUCUGAUUUUGCCACUCUACUACUUCAUCCACUUUAUCUGUUUCAAAAUGCAUCAUUUCUUUAAAGUUUUAAUCAUUAAAGAAAUAUGUUGUAAUUUGCCUUUAAAAAGAAAAAUGCUGUUUUAAAGUUUGCUUUUAAUUCUCAACCUAAAAACCUUUAUCCUGUGUAGUUAUACAAUUUGCCUCCCAUUCCACUUACUGAACGUUUAGGUGGUUUCCAGUUUGUUGGUUAUCAAUGCAACAGAUUUAUGCACACCGAGCUUUUCCCUUCUUUUGUUUCCGAUUUUCUUUAUAUAAAUUCCUAGCAACUGGUUUUACUGAGUCAAAGGGUGUAUGCAUUUUCAUGGCUUGAUAUGUUUCCAAAGUUUUUUGUAUGAGAGUUAUAUCAAUUUAUAUGUCUUCAAUAAUUAAAAAGUGGCUGUUUCACUGAAAA